GCCGCCGGACGCCGAACAGCCAUUGACUCACAAGACUCUUUAUUACUGUUGCUAUCCUCUCACAACACAGCCCACUCCUUUCCACCUACGAGAGUGCACCCGACUAUACGACAUCCAUCCUCCGUGAACGAGAUCAGCCACCAUGGCAGAGGGCAUCCGACAGGCGUUUGCCCGCGCAAAGAGCGAGGGCCGGGCGGCUUUGGUGACAUACACGACUGCUGGCUACCCCACGAUAGCAGAGACGGCCAACAUCCUGCUGGGGAUGGAAGCCGGUGGCGCCGACAUCAUUGAGCUGGGAACGCCCUUCACCGAUCCUAUUGCAGACGGACCGACUAUUCAGACAGCUAACACCAUCGCGUUGGCCAACGGCACAACAACUACUUCAUGUCUGAACAUUGUCAAAGAGGCCCGCAGCAAGGGUCUGAAGGCCCCGGUCCUGCUCAUGGGCUACUACAAUCCGCUACUUGCCUAUGGCGAAGAGCGUAUGCUACAAGACGCCAAAGCUGCUGGCGUCAAUGGCUUCAUCAUGGUGGACCUGCCGCCUGAGGAGGCUGUGAGGUUCCGCCACCAUUGCAAGACCUACGGCUUGUCAUACGUCCCACUGAUCGCACCAUCAACGAGUGACAAGCGCAUGAAGUUGCUGUGCAGUAUCGCAGACUCUUUUAUCUACGUUGUGUCGAGAAUGGGUGUCACCGGUGCAACUGGCGCCCUUAGCACAGGUCUUCCACAACUCGUUGAGCGCGUGCAUCAAUACUCGAAUGGAGCGCCGGCGGCCGUUGGCUUCGGUGUCAGUACGCGAGAGCACUUCGUCGAGGUGGGUCAGGUGUCGGAGGGUGUCGUUAUCGGCAGUCAAAUCAUCACUACAAUCAAGAAUGCGCCGAGUGGGCAAGGAGCGAAGGCUGUUGAGGAGUACUGUCACAAGAUUACUCAGCGGAGAAACCCUCGCGUUAGCCCAGAAGCGACCAAUGGACACAGUAUUUCGACCGCUGCGAACACAAAUGGUGACGGCAGCGGCUGGAUCAAGCAGACAAACGGCGAAGCGCCGAAAGAAAUCUCGACUGCAGACCCCACGAAGCAACCCGCGAGCGAGAGCAACCCGGCGAAUGGCACAGUGCAUGUUGAUGGAGUGAUAAGAGAUUCGGACACUAAGGGUCCCGGCCUCGCUGAUCAACUGGAGGCACUGAACACAGAAGAGAAGGACCCAGAGCUUGUUCCUUCGCGAUUCGGCCAAUUUGGUGGCCAGUACGUGCCCGAGUCGCUCAUGGACUGCUUGCGAGAACUGGAACAAGGCUUCAGCGAUGCUAUCAAUGACCCAGAGUUUUGGAAAGAGUUCAGGUCAUACUAUCCAUACAUGAGUCGUCCUUCGAGUCUCCACAAGUCAGAACGACUCACGGAGCUAGUACGAGAGGAAAGUCAGCCUGGUCAUGGCGCAAAUAUCUACUUGAAACGUGAAGAUCUGAACCACACCGGCUCACACAAGAUCAAUAACGCGGUCGGGCAAAUAUUGAUCGCCAGACGACUCGGCAAGACAGAGAUCAUUGCGGAGACAGGUGCUGGCCAGCACGGUGUUGCCACUGCCACCGUCUGCGCUAGAUUCGGCAUGAAGUGCACAGUCUAUAUGGGUGCUGAAGAUGUACGGAGACAGGCUCUCAAUGUCUUCAGGAUGAAGCUUCUGGGUGCAUCUGUCGUUGCGGUCGAGGCUGGCUCUCGAACGCUUCGCGAUGCAGUCAACGAAGCUCUCCGAAAAUGGGUUGAGAAGCUCGACACUACACACUACAUCAUCGGCUCUGCGAUCGGUCCUCAUCCUUUCCCGACAAUGGUGCGGACGUUCCAAAGUGUUAUUGGAAAUGAAACGAAGGAGCAAAUGCAAGAACUGACUGGCCGUCUUCCGGAUGCUGUCGUCGCGUGCGUUGGCGGUGGCAGCAACGCCACGGGCAUGUUCUACCCAUUCUCGAACGACCCGAGCGUGAAGCUUCUCGGCGUUGAAGCGGGUGGUGAUGGCGUAGAAACCAAGAAGCACAGUGCCACCCUCACAGGUGGAAAGCCUGGAGUUCUGCACGGUGUGAGAACGUACAUUCUGCAGAACGACGAGGGUCAGAUCGACGAAACACAUUCUGUAUCAGCAGGUCUGGACUAUCCUGGAGUUGGUCCGGAGCUGUCUGGCUGGAAAGACAGCGAGAGGGCCAAGUUCAUCGCUGCCACGGACACAGAAGCUUUCAUCGGCUUCAAGGUCCUCUCUGAAUUGGAAGGUAUCAUCCCAGCCUUGGAGACCAGCCACGCCGUCUUUGGCGCCAUUCAGCUCGCGAAGACCAUGAAGGACGACCAAAACAUCGUUAUCUGCUUGUCUGGACGCGGUGACAAGGAUGUGCAGUCUGUCGCAGAGGAACUCCCGCGCAUCGGACCACAGAUGGGUUGGGACCUGCGAUUCUAGUUCACAACAUCCUCUUCAUCGCGUUUCUCGCAUGCAUGAAUUAUGACCGGCGUUCGGAUCGCGGAUUGGACAACAUCAUUGCGCUCUCAUGCACUUAUGUAUAAUGACGGCUUCUUCGCUUCAGUCUUGUUGACGAUGUAAAAGUUCCAUAGACGUCGAAAUACGACUGACCGGCUCGAUGCCGAUGAUCAGCUCUUGAAGGCUGAAGAA